AUGGAGAAGGGGGAGGAUUUUUCAAUUCGACUUGAAGCGGGUCAAGACAAUGAAGUAGUCAACAUUCAUUUAAAAGUGACACGGACGUUAUUAUUAUUUGAUGAGACUUUUAGAGGGAUGAAAGCGUAUGCUGAUAUAGUGUGUGUUGGUGAUGAGAAGUUAUUUAAAGAGUCUAAAGAUCGACUUCGAGAGUUUCAAAUAAUUUUAAAGAAAGUUGGGGAUCUUCAAGGGUUGAUGGAAAGCUUUGAAGGGAAGAGUUCCUCAGAGAAUCGAAUUAUAAGGAAUUUAUUAUUAGUGUGGUCGAAGUAUAAUAAAGAAUACGUUUUAAAGGCGAUUUCCUUUGCAAAUGAGUUUUCAAAAGAAAUUGAAAAGGAGGAGAAAGAAAGCCCCGAGCUAACAAAACACACACAACAGGAAUUUACUGUGACAAAAAUAGAAAACACUGUGAUCAAUGCAAAUGGGGGAGUCCUCAUUUUAGAAGUCAAUAACUUUGAUUUUGGGAUGAAAGUCUUUGUGAAUGGAAAUCUCGUCCAACCCACCGUGAAGAAGACAAAAUUGUUCAUUCAAGUUCCUAAACAAGUCGGAGAGAAGAGAACUAUACAAGUCGUCGUACAAACACCAUCUGGAAAUUGCGAAUUAAAAGAUUUGAUCUUCUACGACAAGAAACUGAAUGCCUCAACAUCUCACACAAAUGACAUGCCUCAAAGUGUGAAAAGCGUUGACAAAACAAU